UCGAGAGCUUGGGCUCGAGGUUGGGUGAGACGGACAGGUUGCGUGGCAGGUUCCGUUCAUAAUCAACUGUUGUGUGCCCUUCCUUUUCCGGCCGUGUAUGGAAAGACAACAAAGAUGGUGAAUAUUCCUAAGGCCCGCCGGACGUACUGCCCGUACAAUGAGUGCCGGAACCAUCAGAAGUUCAAGGUGACUCAGUAUAAGAAGUCCCAAGAGUCCAAGUUCGCUCAAGGUCGUCGUCGUUACGAUCGAAAGCAACAGGGUUUCGGUGGACAGUCCAAGCCCAUUCUCCGGAAGAAGGCAAAGACCACCAAGAAGAUUGUGCUCCGUCUCGAGUGUCAAAAGUGCAAGAAGAGGAUCCAGGUUCCCUUGAAGCGCACCAAGCAUUUCGAGCUGGGAGGAGACAAGAAGCGUAAGGGACAGAUGAUCCAGUUCUAAACGCCUUGUUCGUCGACAUCCAUCAUACCCUUCUUCUGUUCUCCAUACCAUCUUGUUUCUUACGGUCGUCAUCGUCUUGGUUAUGGGGUUCGGUUUGUCCACCCCGAGAAAUCGAGGGUAUCAUCUCCAACCCCGGACGAUGGAGAGCAACCAUUUCAAGUUGAAUGUGCGCUUGUAAUAAACCUCGAACCUCUA